ACUUCACCAGAUGGAGGUAUGGACGGCCUGGAUAACACUGCUUUUCAAGAAGAGAAUGGAACAACAGUUGUGCUUAAUGCUGGACAACAUUCUAGUCCCAGCUCCGGAAGGUCAUCGGUCAGUAAUGGAACUGAAACAACAACACCUCCAGGGGGAGCUAAAUUAGAAGAGACUCCUGUUUUCCGGGACGAACACCGACAGAGGGCAGUGGUGUCAUUUGACGAAGAAUUUGCAUCUCCUUCAGACGUAGAAGAGCAAGCAGGAAUGGUUAAUUUUGCAUUCGAGUCUGAGGAGGUAAGGGAUUCAGAUAAGAGCACUGUUGACUCAGACGAAACGGAAGUGGCUGACAAAGCAUCAAUUGUUGACUCAGACGAAACUGAAGUGGCUGACCAAGCAUCAAUUGGACAUGAGGAUAACCGUUGUUCUCCAGAGGACCAUGAAUUAGAUAAUAAAUACCUCGCAAAUGGAAAUGGCCAAGUUCUGAAUCAAAAUGGACACACUGAAAUCGCCAUUCCAGAUGAUGCCCUUAUAAAUUUUAACACGGGGCGCGUGCGGGCCAAGAGGAAACCCAAAUCUCGGGAAUCUCCUACGGAGGAGAAAAUUCCCCUGGAGUACAUUGAAAAGGAUUUAUCUCCUUUUACAGAUUACAAUGACAAGGCCCAAGAAGCUCAAGAUAACGUUAAAGAAACGAAUUUACAUAAUGAAGACCAGAAAGACGAAGGAAUUCCUGUAAACAGCCCAGUUACUAGCGAAAAACAAACAAACGGAACUGGAAAAUCCUUCGAGGAGUACUUCAUCCCAACUAAUACCCAUAAGAAAUUUCUCAGAGGUGAAAAGCUGUACCUCGCCCAAAACACAAGAAAGUCAAAGCCUAAUUGGAAACGUAUAAUCCUGUGUGGCUUUAUAACUAUAAUUAUUGCUAUAGCCAUUCUAGCUGGGAUUCUAGCAGCAACUGGUAUUUUGAUGUCAGAAUCAGAAUAUUCACAAGGGACAGAACAGCCGGAGGAUGGUCCCCUACCAAGUAGAGCUUCCGGAUCCUCUGAUGCUUCUGACGAAUACUCUUUUCCACCACCUCCUCAAAACUCCCCACAUUCAGGUUCGAUUCCGCCAUCCCUCCUAAACUCUCCUCAGUCAAAUAAAACCUUGAGCUCUACAACAACAACGACUACCCAAGAAGCCAGAACGUUUGUUACGCCAUCUACCGGUGUUCGUCAAACAAACGAAAGUGUGCCACCAACAAUUACUGUGUUUCUGAAUCAUUCAACUAUUCCUGUAAGAAUUGUGCCAAACGCAGUUAGGGGAGAGUUCACAAUUUUAGAUUUAGAUUUUGUUGACGCUUUGAAGGACAACACCUCUAGUGAAUUCGUUUCCUUGGCAACCGAACUCGAAUUAGAGCUAAAGAAAAUCUUCAGUAAAAAAGGGAGCGACCCGAACUCCGUCAAGGUUACGUCAUUCAGACCUGGCAGCGUCGUUGUUCGGUUUACGGCAACUUGGAACACAUCCCAAGCAGCAUUGUCAGCUCCAGUUACUAAAACAGUUAUACAGCGCUAUCUGGAGGUAAAAAACGAAAGCUUGGCAGGCCACCACAUCAACCUGUUUUCAAUAAAAACUGAAGAAAUAGCAAAUGAAUGCCAGUUUCAGAACGGUGGAUGUUCCUAUUACUGCUCCUGGAAUGACAUAAGCAUGGUUAAAACAUGUACAUGUCCUGAGGGAUACAGACUUCACGAAGAUCGAAGAACUUGUAUUAAUGACCCCAUUUCAACGACAAUGUCUCCAAGCUCUGUAAGGUCAAUUACAUAUGCUUCUCUGGAUGGAAUGGCUUUUCCAACUACAGCAGUGUCUUCCUUUAGUGGGGAAAAUGUAGGUACUUCAGUAAGAACAGAAGAAAUGACAAGUGGAAUUAAUAAUUCAACUUUUCUAGACAGUGAAAACACGUUUCUUAAAGACGUUUCACAGAAUUCUAGGCCAGCAUUUGAUACAACAAUAGCUAAUCCUGCAACGACUAGUAACCAAAGUACAACGACGGAACGCACAACGACACCGAAGUCAAAAAUCGGUGUUUCUGGAGAUGGAACUCUUGUUUAUUAUCCACGCGAAAAUGUGAAUAUUCUCCGUGGAAUCAAUGAUUCCAGUUUGAACUCUACACGUAUAUUUCCGACAGAGUCAAGUUCGGAGUCCGAUGGUACAGAACUAAGCAGUGGAAUCAAUGAUUCCAGUUUGAACUCUACACGUAUAUUUCCGACAGAGUCAAGUUCGGAGUCCGAUGGUACAGAACUAAGCAGUGGAAUCAAUGAUUCCAGUUUGAACUCUACACGUAUAUUUCCGACAGAGUCAAGUUCGGAGUCCGAUGGUACAGAACUAAGCACUACAGUAAGCUUCCCCAAUACAAUUGUUGAAGAGGAUCAAACUGUUCCUUCUGUUAGUAAUAAUAAAGACAUGAGUUGGAACAGCGAUAACGAGUACGAAUCGCCUUGGGAAGCUUUAGGAUUCUUCUUCCCACAUACAACCGGUGGUACAAAUGAGGGGGAAGACGUAGGUGGAGUUGAAAAUAAUAGUACCUCAACUGAAUUAUCUCAUUCAGAAGCUUCGCCGGCACUUGGUUUAGUCACAGAUUCAACAGUUGACCAUGAAAUCGAAACAAUCGAGAAUUUAUUUUCGUUGAAUUUCAACCAAACACAUUUUAAUCCCAUACAUUCGGAUGGAAUGAAACCAGAGAUAGAAACAAAUUUAACAGCUUCCGAAAACUUUACCAGUUCUUCAAAUAGGGAUGAUGAGCAGAUUUUAGAAGAUUCGACCAAAUCCUCAGAAACACAGAUUCCGGAAUAUUCUACCAAUGUUUCGGAGUUGUUAGAAAAUCCAGAGAAUCACUCUAGCGGUUUACCUGGAACGUCGGAGAGUCAAAUUCCAGAAGAGUCCACUACAUCAGAUAAAACCUCUGUUACCACUUCUCACGUAAUCCCUGGUUUAGAUAUAACGGCUUCCACCACAGCAGUUAAUACUUCUGAUGAACGACUAAGAGAUAAUACGGAAAACAUUAGUGUUCUUGAAUCAGUUAAUACAGAUGAAACUGACGAUUAUGAAGUAAGUAAACCUAUAACUAUUCAUUCAUCUAGCGAAAUGUCGACAAUUCAAACAGAUGCCAGCGCUUUAACCACUGCUUUUCCCAGCAAUGACAACACGUGGUCAAAGCCAAUGGAAACUGUAGUUUCUGAACACCAAACUGAAGACGGACUUGAAGUCACGAAAUUUAAAACGGUCACAAGCUUCGAUGAAAGGCAGGGAACAAUUCAAUCAAAUGAACCAGAAGAAACUACAAAUAUGGCUGAAGACUCUUCGACUAACAAUCAUGGCGUUUCCAGAACCGUCAUGUCGCUUACUGAUACUGAAAGUAACUCGUCCUCCUUAGCUGAUGGAACUACCGACAACAUGUUAACGGUAAGAAACUUACAGUUUAACAACCAAAUCUUUGUUACAAAGAAUGGAAGUUUAGAUGAAGCGGCUGAUGAAGAUGCAUUACAGAAUGACACCUCAACAAGUAUUUCAUUAACCACAGAAAACACAAAUAUUAUGUUGACCUCUUUAGGACUAUUGAAUGAAACUAAAGAUUUUGAUGAAAAUAUUACUAUGUCCACAAUAAUAGAAUCAAAAGUUGAGGAACCACUCCAGAAAGGUCAGAUCAAUGGGACGGACAAUGGAGUCGAGGAAACGACAGUGACUUCAACCUUUAAUAUCACCGAGACAUUCUUUAGAGACUUCGUUUCUGGAACAAAAACUACUCUCGAAGCAAACGUUACCAAGCCAGUUCUAGAAGAAAUAUAUGCUACUACCCUUUUCGAAGAAGAUGAUAAAAGCAAUCAGAAUGCGAAGACUGUGAAAGACUUCUCAUCUGAAGGCACUAAUAAUCCUAAAUACUCAGAUGUUGAACUUGACCAAAGAAACAACACAAAUGAAGAAGGUGUGCUUUCUGGUGAAUCAGCUAAUACCACUUCGCAAGACAUUUUCGGUAUCUUGAAUGACUUUUAUGAAGAUUCUGCGACACAGGUAACAUCUACAUCUAUAGAUAAUUCAACCAGAAUGGAGAGAAAAGAAGGAGGCAUGUCUUCUCAGAACGACACGAUAAUUAUUGGGAUGUCAAACUCUUCUGAGAAGGAUCGAACCUUGAAAACCUCUGAUAAUUCAAGCGUUACCAACCUAAUAGAUACAAAGUUCAUAAACCCAACUUUACCAUUUUUACUAGAAAAUGCCACUCUUGACCAGUUAGACGAAGAUAACAUUGUAUUUGCUAACAGCACGUCCAAAUUUCCGACUGCUGACCAGAGUGAUUUAUUUCAUUUCAAUGAAGGCAAAACAAAAGUCAAUUUCAACAAUGAAAACUUCACGAAAUCUUCUGACUUUGAUGAAACUUUCUUGAUUAACAAUGAAGACACGACGAACGAACCAGAUUUUAACACAAUGUCUACACUCGUCUGA